GGCCUGGAAGUCCCAGCCAAACCCGCCCUCUCGUAUAAGCCCCUUCUCGGCUCUCUCUCUCCAUCUCUCUCCUCUCUUUCUCUCUCGCUCCCUUCCUCCCUGUAACUGAACAGUGAAAAUUCACAUUGUGGAUCCGCUAACAGGCACAGAUGUCAUGUGAAAACGCACAUGCUCUGCCAUCCACACCGCCUUUCUUCCUUUUCUUUCUGUUUCCUUUUUUUUUCCGUGCUCCUCUCCCUCUUCUUUGUAACUAACAAAACCACCAACAACUCCUCCUCCUGCUGCUGCCCUUCCUCCUCCUCAGUCCAAGUGAUCACAAAAGAAAUCUUCUAAGCCGGAGGCGGUGGCAUUUUUAAAAAGCAAGCACAUUGGAGAGAAAGAAAAAAGAAAAACAAAAGCAAAACAAAACCCAGGCAUCAGCCAGCCAGCAAAUUUUUUUUUACCCUUCCUGAAAACAAACAAACAACCAAACAACCAUCAAAACAGUCACCACCACCAUCAUCAAAACUGUUAACAUAGCAGCAGCGGCGGCGACGGCAAACGUCACCCUCCGGCCACGGCGUCCGCCUAAAGGGAUGGUUUUCUCGGCGGAGCAGUUCUUUGCCGACCACCUUCUUCACUCGUGCUGAGCGGGAUUUUUGGGCUUUCCGGGGUUCGGUCUGGGAGCAGCUUCAUGACUACGCGGAGAGGGAGAGCGGCCACACCAUGCGAGCACAAAUUGAAGUGAUACCAUGCAAAAUUUGUGGCGAUAAAUCCUCUGGGAUCCACUACGGAGUCAUCACGUGUGAAGGCUGCAAGGGAUUCUUUAGGAGGAGCCAGCAGAACAAUGCCUCUUACUCCUGCCCGAGGCAGAGAAACUGUUUAAUUGACAGAACCAACAGAAACCGUUGCCAACACUGCCGACUGCAGAAGUGUCUUGCCCUAGGAAUGUCAAGAGAUGCUGUGAAGUUUGGGAGGAUGUCCAAGAAGCAAAGGGACAGCCUGUACGCCGAGGUGCAGAAGCACCAGCAGCGGCUGCAGGAGCAGCGGCAGCAGCAGAGCGGGGAGGCGGAAGCCCUCGCUCGGGUGUACAGCAGCAGCAUCAGUAAUGGCCUCGGCAGCCUGAGCAACGAGGCCGGUGGCACUUACGCCAACGGACACGCCAUUGACCUGCCCAAGUCCGAGGGCUAUUACAGCGUGGAUUCCGGCCAGCCAUCCCCUGACCAGUCAGGACUUGACAUGACUGGAAUCAAACAGAUAAAGCAAGAACCCAUCUAUGACCUCACGUCCGUACCCAACCUGUUUACCUAUAGCUCUUUCAACAACGGGCAGUUAGCACCGGGGAUAACGGUGACUGAAAUCGAUCGAAUUGCACAGAACAUCAUCAAGUCUCAUUUGGAGACUUGUCAGUACACGAUGGAGGAGCUACACCAGCUGGCAUGGCAGACCCACACCUAUGAAGAAAUUAAAGCCUAUCAAAGCAAGUCCAGGGAAGCACUGUGGCAGCAGUGUGCCAUCCAGAUCACUCACGCCAUCCAGUACGUGGUAGAGUUCGCAAAGCGGAUAACAGGCUUCAUGGAGCUCUGUCAGAAUGAUCAGAUCCUACUUCUGAAGUCAGGUUGCUUGGAAGUGGUUUUAGUGAGAAUGUGCCGUGCCUUCAACCCGUUAAACAACACUGUUCUGUUUGAAGGAAAAUAUGGAGGAAUGCAGAUGUUCAAGGCCUUAGGUUCUGAUGACCUAGUGAAUGAAGCAUUUGACUUUGCAAAGAAUUUGUGUUCCUUGCAGCUGACUGAGGAGGAGAUUGCUUUGUUCUCAUCUGCUGUUCUGAUAUCUCCAGACCGAGCCUGGCUGAUAGAACCAAGGAAGGUCCAGAAGCUUCAGGAAAAAAUUUAUUUUGCACUUCAACAUGUGAUUCAGAAGAAUCACCUGGAUGAUGAGACCUUGGCAAAGUUAAUAGCCAAGAUACCGACCAUCACGGCAGUUUGCAACUUGCACGGGGAGAAGCUGCAGGUAUUUAAACAGUCGCAUCCAGACAUAGUGAAUACACUCUUUCCUCCGUUAUACAAGGAGCUCUUUAAUCCUGACUGUGCCACCGUCUGCAAAUGAAGGCGACCAGAGAACUGUCUCACAGUCGUGGAAUGCAUCACCAUUAAGACAAAAGCAAUGUGUUCAUGAAGACUUAAGGAAAAUGUCACUACUGCAACAUUAGGAAUGUCCUGCACUUCAUAGAAUUAUUUUUCACCGCUACAGUUUGAAGAAUGUAAAUAUGCACCUGAGUGGGGCUCUUUUAUUUGUUUGUUCUUGAAAUGACCAUAAAUAUACAAAUAUAGGACACUGGGUGUUAUCUUUUUUUUUUUUUUAAUUUUAUUCAGGUAUGUUUUGGGAGACAACUGUUUAUAGAAUUUUAUUGUAGAUACCUAUGAGAACAGAGCAGUACUUUACAUGAUUACUUUUCCUGUUGAUUGUUCAAAUAUAAUUUAAGAAAAUUCCGCUUAAUAGGCUUACCAAUUUCUAUGUUUUUAGAUAGUUGAUGCAUGUGUAAAUUUGUAGCUGUCUUGGAAAGCGCUGUGCAUGUAUGUAAUAAGUAUAUAAUAUCUGAGAAUAUUAUAUAUGACUAUUACUUACACAUGCACAGGCACUGUGGCUUAAGACACCAUACCUACUAGCAAAGGAGGUUCAGUCAGGCUCUCUUAUGUUAUUUACCUUCUAUGUCACAUGUUACCUUUAUGUUAGACAAUCAGGAUUUUGGUUUCCCAGCCAGAGUUUUCAUCUGUAGUCAACGGCAGGAAGGUACCAAUUUGGAAAUAAGUUUACAAAGGAAUAAAUGUAAGGCACAGCCUCUGUAUAAACACUCUGUUUCUGUCAAUGACAUCAAAGCCUUGUCAAGAUGGUACAUAUUGGAGGAAAAAAAUACACAUUUGGAGCCAUUUUCCUGUUUUAAGAAUUAGACCACAAAUAACAUUAUGGAGUCCAGGGCUUUUUUGACCAAACAAUAGCUAUUUCCUAUUUUUCACCAGGACACAAAAAGCAGUUUUUUCUUUGGAUUUCAGGUGGUGAAAGAAACUUGACUUUGGUGCUUACUGUGUCUUCAGUAGAGAAAUACAGCCUGUAAACUAUGAGCACCAGCAAUGUUUUGCUAAUAAGAUUAGAGUAAACGAGAACCCAGGGUCCCAGGGCCGUUUCAUGUAAACAUUUUCUCUCUAAUCACCUUUUUUUUUUUUUUUUUGCAAAGAAGAGGUAGGAAGAGAAUGUACAAAGUGAAAAAGAGUUCUUUGUAGUCAUUCUCUUUAACAAGUUUGUUAGAGAGAGCAGCAAUAAAGGGGGAGGCAGGACUUUCUAUGUCCUUCCAGUCUGGGGCCUCUGAAUUUUUUCAACUCCAAAAUGCUGUAUUAUAAAAAUAGAGCAAAACCUUGAUAGAUUAGAAUAAAAGACCUGGGUUAUUCUACAGAAGUAAUACAUCCCAAAGCCAAAACAAUUUCCUACGUAGUUUGAAACUGCAUCAUCCAUCUAGCCCAGGAUUUUUUUUCCCCCAGCAACCUUUAAAAGUACAGAAUACAAGAAGUGAGAUCAGGAUUAGACAAUUUAGACUUCCUAGUACCAGUCCUCACUUCUCCACCUGCCCUCCAAUCAAAGUGAUCAGCAGAAAAGCAUCACUUCCAAGCCAUUUGUGUUGCCUGUGUUCAGGAGGCCUCGUGCCUUUGGUCUUGUCAGAUCCGAAAUACGAUUGUUUAAAAGGGAGCUAGAGAAGAGCUUUGUGUAUAAGACAGUGAAAAUUGUGAUCUCCGAUAAGGGUAGCCUGGCCAUCAAUUCAGGAAGACGUGCCCAUUUCUCCUGGUCAAACACACACACACAUACGUGUACGUGCACACGUACAUGCACACCUGCUUUGUGACGUUUCCAUCAGUGGAAACUUCGAAUUUUUUUUAAAUCUCUUAUGCUGUCCUGAAGUUAGAUGGUUGAGAGCCAUCUCCGCGACGCCACAGACCUCCUCACUGAUGAUCAAACAGGAGUGUUCGUCUUUUAUGAAAGAGUCUUCUCCCACCUCAUGAUUGAUGCAUUCCGAACCAAUGGGGAAAAACAAAAAGGCUUUAAAGUAAUGAAUCUCUUUCUCAACUACUGUUAUAUUCAAUUAAUUUAACUACAUUGAACCAAAUUACCUUCAGUGUCUAAGAAGACAGCUGUAGACUGCUUAUUAUGCUGCUACAGGGACUCCGUUCUUUUUGGUGUAAAUGUCACUCCUGCUAGCUCUUUGUAUAAAGAAUUAAUUCCAAGAGUCAUAUUUCCUUCUAAUGGAAAGAUUACUUUACUGAUUGCUAGGAAAACAGGGUAAUGGAAGGCACUCAAUUAAACCAAGCCGUUUCCAAAUGCAAUGUAUGUUUUAUGAUUGGCUUGUGAUAGGCAAUGCUUAAUGUGUCUACUUGGUGUUUCCCUUUGAGCUUUGAACUUAUGUCAAACUUUGUUUUCAUUGUUCUGUUGGCCUAGUGUUUCCCGUUGUCAGCCUGUAAUUCCUGCUCAGUUGCAAAGGGAAUAAUUUGUUUCCUCCCAUUUACCUUAGAGGAUUUAAAUUGGCUCAAUUGAUGAAGUGGCUGAGAAUUUUUUCCUCCCUUGUCCCAUGGGUGAUGUAGGAAAAAGAUUGUUCCCUACGUUUGCUUCAGGAGGUACUGGAUUUGAAUUUGUGUCGUUUCCACUAGUGCAAGCAUUUCACUGGGACGGCACAGACCUUUUGAAGCUAGGGGACAGGAAACAGCUAGCAACUGAACCAGAACAAAACAGUGGAAACCAGUACACAGCCCCCUUUAGUGGAGAAAGGAGAUUUCCAUUUUUCGCCACAGUUGCCAAAUCUGUCCCUUGAAAGAGGGCCAAGUCAUAUUUUCACUGGUAACAAAGCACCUUUAAAAGCUGUCCUUUGAACAUCUCCUGUGACUACAUCUUGAGGUAUUUUGAGAUUUUUGAGUGAGAACAACUUUCUUUCCCACAUGCAAUCUAUGUCUCUCCCCCGCUGAAGACUCACACAUGUUCACAACACGUUCAUGAUAAAGUGUGCACUAGAAGAAAGGAUCCGUGAUCUCUCUGUCCUUUUCACUUCAUGCUUCGUAAAUGACAAUCACUGCUUGAUGCAGAUGUUGCACUGUAUCCACUCAGGGAUGUUUCGUUUGGGGGGGGAAAAGAAAAGGGUACACCAAGAAGGAGGGGAAGAAAACAGGAAAAUGACAACAAAACAUAAAUGGCAUAAAUUAAAUGCGAGAACCACUCUGACAAGGCUUUCAGACCAACAAGCAGUAACUUCACGUAAAUGUAUUUGACUAUUUGGACUUGCUGAAAAGUUUCUCACGAGUAAGAACAACUUAGCCUCGUUUUCGAAAAUCUGCUAAAAGCCAAAUAAUCUAGCUGCCCCAUUUGUAGGAAUAUGUUAUCUCCCAGAGAACCCAAGCUGCUUGUACAAGUCCUGAGCGAGAGAUCUCAGUGACAUGAGAUGACACUGACAAGGGAGGCGACGUGUGCUCUGUAAAAGGAAAGGCAUAUUUUGGACGAAAUGCAGGAGAAUAAGGGAUUCCACGUGUGGCUUAACAUCCCACGUCUACCCCUACUGUCCAUGACUGGAGUCCUCUUUGUAUCCCUUUUCACGCAGCAAUUUUCUCCCCAAAGACUGAAGGUGGAGAUGUACUGUACAAACAUACCAUUUCUGGAUUCCCCUUGUUUUAAUACUGUCUUCAGGGCUCUGGACUACAGCACCACUGAGUGGGUAAAAGCAUGGUCGUCUCUUGGGUAAUUAGAUUUCUUUGUUAGAAUCUAAGAGACUUUAAAUCACGGUGAACUCUGGAUAUUAACAGUAGGUGCCAGGGAGGCCUCAGUACAUUUCCUAUCAUAACUGCCUGUUCAGCACAUAACUUCACAGUAGUCAAGCUAAACUGUUUGUAGAAAACCACACAGUCAACUCACGCUCCCACGUGUACUAGACUUGACUGCAAAAGCAAUUAUUCUGUUCCAAGGACACAGCUUACCAGCUUUUUUCAAAAACAUCAGUCAGAUGCAAAUGAUGUCAGUUUUGUUCCAUGGUCUUUGUUUCCAUUUAUUAUAGAAGGAAAAAAUUCUACUGCUAUUGGAAAUUAGAAGAAAUAACUUUUUCCCGACUCUUUUUUUCUCUGUUAACUUUUGUGUCCAAGGAAGUUACUACAAUUGACAAUAAAUUCAGGCAAGGGUGUCUGUGCCCUGGCAGAACCACCAUUCAAUAGGACAGCAGUAACUUUGAAUGUGCAUGUGUAGUGAAAAUUUGCACAAAGCCCUCUGUAGAAAAAGAGGGAGACACCUACCAUCUGCUUUAGAUGAAGCAGUGUUUGAUUUUCUGUUUCCACCCGCUAGUACAAGUAGCAGCCUGAUACGGGAAACCGUGUGGGUCUUUAGACAAGAGUUGAUGACCAUUUGGGGUUGGUGGAAUGGGAGUGUCUCAGGACCAGAGGCACAUACUCAUUUAAAGCAAAUGUUAAAAAUUCAAGACUGAAAAGGCCAGGGAGUUGACGCAAAUGAGUGAAGCAGUCCAGUGGCAAGCUAGCAAGGAAAUGCUCCAGUGAAAGGGGACAUCCAGUCAUCAGCUAAAGCCGAAGUGUUGCUAAAGUUUCUAAAUCGUAUGCAAUCUCUCGAGUUAUAAAUGUCAGUUGAUGCAGAGCUUAGUGUAGAUCAAACAAAUAUGCCUCUGGGCAGAGGGCAGCCCGUGGUUUGCAACCUCUAGUUUAAACCAAAAUUCCAAUCUAGGGGCCUGACUGGCUGCCGUAAGUCUGGCCAGAUACAACUCUGCGUGGUAUUAAAGGGGUCGGGGGGUGGGGGGAACAGGAGAGCUUGCUCUUCUGAUACUCAAUUUGGUUUUCGUAUUUGACUAUCCCUGCUAGAGGAUAUAGUAAGAGGUCAGUUGAAAAAAAGUGUCAAACAGUCUAAAAAUGAAAACAAUUUAAUGAUGGCUUAAAAAAGACACUUCUGUGUUGACCCAACUCCCAGCUUCACAGAGGCAGGUGGUUAGAUAGAUUUCUUGGCACUUUUUUCUGAAAGUCAGAUGCACGAUUUUUAUGCUUUGGAGUCUUCAGUGUGUUUCUUUAAAUGUAUGGCUUCAGUAUCUGUGACAGGUUUUUCUUUUCCUUUGGUUGUAUUUAAAGAGUUUCUUCUCCGGUAGUCCGCCAUUGUUCUAAGUGUGGGACCAUGGAUUCCUAUGCAGCAGAUGGGGGUUGUCUGUUUG